UGUCCAUGACAAGUUGGUGGGAAACUUCGUCUCUGUUAGCUACUUAUGGCUGCCACUUGCCACUCUGCACUAAACCCUUGUCUCUUGAUAUCCUGCUCUAACUUCAUUGGGAAGAAAGAAAAUGAGUUACCAGCGGCUUGACUAUCCUCCACCACCGCCAGGGACUCCUCCGCCUGGAUAUCCACCCCCGCCAGGGACUCCUCCGCCUGGGUAUCCUCCACCACCGGUGCCACCUUAUUCUCCCCCACCUCCACCUGGUUAUCAAGGCUACUUCUAUGAAGGCUACCCUCCACCACCACCUCCUACUCCUCCUCCGCCUCCACCCCCGCCCCGCCAGGAGGACGGUGGUUGCUUUUCAUUUCUUAAGGGAUGUUUGGCUAUGCUUUGUUGCUGCUUUGUGUUGGAAGAAUGCUGCCUUUAGGCGUUGCACUGCAUCAUAUAAUCUUUAUAUAUCGAUAGUGUUUGAUAAUUUUACUUCUACUUCAGAAUUUGAACAUGUUAUUCUGCCCAUUCAAUAUAUCAAGUGUGAACCUAAUUAUAUUAUUAUUAUUAUUAUUAUUAUUGAAUGAACUGUGUCUGUGUCAUAUAUAUAUAUAAUUGGUGACUUCAUAUGUA